UGACUGUAGUAGAAAAAUAGAAUCUGGUUGCCAUGAAUUCGGGUUAGCUAGCCACCGACAGCUGUCAGCUCACACGUGUAAAAACAUCCAUGUCAAGACACAAGAAGGAUCUUCCGAGUGUUGCGCUGCUUCUGUUGACUUAUAGAGCAGCACCAGCCCGACGGCCCACCUACCGUGAAUCGAUCCACCUGGCUCAGUGACUCCACCUGAAGACCUAGGCACCUUUGUGUGCCAGCUCAUUUCAAGACCCGGGGAUUUCUGAAUCCAGAAGAUGAACGGUUUGUCCAUACGAGAGCUAUGCUGCCUGUUCUGCUGCCCCCCUUGCCCCAGUCGCAUUGCAGCCAAACUGGCUUUCCUCCCUCCAGAGCCCACCUAUGCCCUUCUCCCUGACCCAGAUCCAGUUUCUGGGACUGGAACUGGGUCCAGCUCAGGGGCUCCUCCAGCAUCUCUUGGAGCCCCAGGACUACGUUCACGGGUGGGCACUGGUAGUGGAGGGGACAGAGGAGGAGGUGGUGGGGAUGGUGGAGGAGCAGCACCAGCACCAGCAGCAGCAGCAGCAGCAGGAGGAGCAGCAGCAGCAGCACCCGUCGGCGGUAGUGGGAUCGAAGGCAGGUGGAAGUUGCAUCUCACUGAGAGAGCAGAGUUCCAGUAUACGCAGAGAGAGCUGGAUGUGACGGAUGUAUUCCUGACCAGGUCCAGUCGAGGGAACAGGGUUGGAUGCAUGUACAUUCGCUGUGCCCCCAACGCCAGGUUUACAGUGCUGUUUUCUCACGGUAACGCAGUAGACCUGGGCCAGAUGAGCAGCUUCUAUAUUGGCUUAGGCACGCGCAUCAAUUGCAACAUCUUCUCCUAUGAUUACUCAGGCUACGGUGUUAGCACUGGCAAGCCGUCUGAGAAGAACCUCUAUGCUGACAUUGAUGCCGCCUGGCAUGCCCUCCGCUCCCGGUAUGGCAUCAGCCCUGAGAAUAUAAUCCUGUACGGACAGAGCAUCGGUACAGUGCCCACGGUGGACCUGGCCUCACGCUUCGAGUGUGCUGCCGUGGUCCUCCACUCUCCUCUCACGUCCGGUAUGAGAGUUGCUUUCCCCGACACCAAGAAAACCUACUGCUUUGAUGCUUUCCCUAACAUUGAGAAAGUGUCAAAGAUCCCGUCUCCAGUGCUCAUCAUCCACGGUACAGAGGACGAGGUCAUCGACUUCUCCCACGGCCUCGCCCUGUUCGAGCGCUGCCCCAAGGCGGUGGAGCCCCUCUGGGUGGAGGGAGCCGGUCACAACGACAUUGAGCUUUACAGUCAGUACCUGGAGAGGCUACGGCGCUUCAUCAACCAGGACCUCGCUGCACAGCAUGCCUGAGAAAUGAACAUCCGCCUCUCUGCGUUUGUGUGAAUGAGACUGUGUGUUUGUGUUUGUGUGAGUGUGAGAAAGAGGACGUCAUCAUGUAGACCUAAAAAGGAUGUGUGAUUUUUGCCACAUCUGUGUGUCUUUGAAGCAGCACACCUUAAGGUUAUAUUUCAACAAAACCUGUCUUCUGUUUCCUGUUUUAAAGUUGAGGGCGUUUUUAUUUAAUUUAAUUUUUUUUAUCUACCAUUUGCUGUAUCUAUCUGAACAGUGGAGUGUCGAGGACAUGCUAAAAACAAGAACUGAGAUAAAACAGCUUUUUAACAUGGGGGGGAGGGGGGAAACAAUGGAUUGCAGCUUUAAAAUGUGUUUACCCGUGAGUUAAGAAGGAAGAACAAUGUGCUUUGUCCAAAAAGGCUCACAGAUGUCAUGUUUAAGUGUGACAUGUUAGUGAAUGUAUGCAUCAUGAGAAGCGUGUGUUGAGUGUGUAUUCAUAUCUCCAUGGACCUGUGACACCUGAAAAAUGCGAGUGUGACUGCGUUAGCGCGGGGCCGUGCUGAAAGAAGUGGACAUCCUGAAAACUUGGGACAGCUCCAGGUGGAGGAGACUUAUCAAUAUUAAUUGUUCUAUUCCUUUUUUUUUUAUUUGCAAACUUACGAAUGAAGAAUACCUCCACAGCUCGACUGGUUCUCGCUCCAGUGGACAAACGCGGGUCGAGCAGGUGCCCCCACCCCUUCCUCCUCUGUUAAUGUGACUGCCAGGGCAUUUCCCAAGUUGCUAUCCAGCUAACACUAACCUCCUCUUUUUGUGUGGUUUGAGGGUCCAUCCUUCCCUUGGCGGAUACACAGGGAUGAGUCUGGAAUACUGUCGUAGCACGUUCAGCUGUCGGUUGUCUCACACUUUUCUCUCCCUCGUUUCUGACUCUCUGAGAAGAUUGCAGAACGGCCAGCCUCCAUUUCAUUUCCUGGCUGUUCUGUAGCUAUAGUCACUGUCGUCAGAACUGCAGCGGCAACUCAAAGUGAAUUAUUCAAAUUUCCCUGUGUUGCUUUUCUCCCCCUUAUCCACCUUAUCGUGAAUAUGAAAUGAUGGUGUGGUUGAAAUGGAAACUGAUCGGUAAGGAUAUCUAUGGCAUUGUGGAUGUUUCUCAGCCGUUAGUGAAACAUUUAUAAGAAGUGAAGGCUAACUAAGUCAUUUUAAUGUCACAUUAAAUCAGUUUGCUCUAAACAGAGAGCAGAAGUCUUUCAGUGUUUACUGAUGUGUGAUGUUUGAAGUCUGGGCCGACUCAGCUGAAAUCACUAGCAGCAGGUGUACGUCAGAGUUAAAGGUGAAUGUUGACAUUUAGGGAAGUUCACUUAUUGGCUGUUUUGUUAAGAGUUAGAUGAGAAGAUUCAUGCGACCGAGCACAUAACCUGCCAUAAAACCACAGAGGUGCUGGUGUUUGUAAUCUGUGGACACUACCAGGCUUUGUUUUCCCCUUGUUGGUCGUCUUAAUGCUAAGCUAAGCUAACUAUUGGCAAGCUCUAAUUUCAUAUUUACUGUUAGAGAUGUUCUGAUACCAGUUUAUCCUCCUUGAUAUCGAUUCUGAUACCUGGACCUUGCAUAUCGGCCGAUACUAAGUGCAGAUCAGACACCAUCUCAUUUUAAAAGAAAUGACUCGUAUAUCAUAUUUUAACAGCUAUAUUCAUAACUCUGUAUAGAGGGGAUGACGUUAUCAUUGUUGAAAUGCCCAUAGCUGCAGUUGUCGUUGGCAACAUUGGGGCCACCCUUUGCAUAUGGUAUGUUCCGCCAUUUUUCCUGCUGUUGGUGGGAAAUCACUUCUGUUUUGAAGCGGUAAAGAAGAAGGGAUUUCCAGGAAUCAUUGCUCGAAGAAAUAGAUUUGUGUACUCGCAAACACCUGACCCGGCAGUAUGCGAGGCAUUUCCAAUUCUGGUACCGGAACAUCUCUUUUGACUUUACAAAGAUCUAUCUAUCUUCUCAUCUAACCCUCUACAGAACAUGAGCAUAUUUCCUAGAUGAUGAGCUGUUCCUUUCUGUUUGAAGUGUGGUUGUCGGAGACGUCUGUGAGAACAGACUUGUUUGGAGCUUGAUGUUGGGGUUGGAUUUGGAGGCCUUUAAGGUAUAACGAGACCAGGUCGCUGCUCACUUCAGAAUAAUAAUACUUCAUCCAUAUCAUACUGAUUAACUCGCAGUCUUACAGCAGACUUUGUUUUCCCGAGUCUCGUUCCAGUAGCAUUCAUCACCAGAGUUCAACCGCCUCCUGUUCCCAUUCGCCCCCUGAGCACAUUUUCUUCUAACGUGUUUGUCUUGAUGUAAUUAAUCCCAACGUGUUUGUCGUAGUGUAGGGCCAUGGACUGUCAUGUCUCAGAACCAUGCUUGUUGAUGUUAUGACUAAAAAUGUGAUUCAGAUCGGGUGCCAGGAUGGGACAUCAUGCCUACUACAGCUCUGUUUUAACCUCUGUGGCCCUAAAUGUAGGAGCUCUCUUAUGGACGUUAACAGGCUUCAAGUCUGACACAAGCCAUUUUUGAGCCUCUCACUGUUAGUGUGGUGCAGGUUCCACCACACACACACACACACACA